AUGCUCUUCUCUCUCGCAGUCGUCCCCGCCCUCUUCUUUGGCUUCGCCGCCGCCGCCGCGGUCAGCAACGCUGAGAAGCGCGGCGUGACGGACCCGACAAACCCGCAGAACCUCAUCAACUGCCCGCCCAACGGUGGUGCCGACGGCUGCCACCUCGAGACGAAGUGCGACCGCAUCCGCAUCAACUACGGCUACUCGUUCAACGGGCACUAUAUCUGGUACAACUACAACAUCAACGACGUUCCGGAUGGCAAGCGCAUUGAGAUCGAUAACGAGGGGACGUGCUAGACUCUCAAAGUGGAGGGAGACGGACUGUAUUUAUUCUUGUGUAUCAAUCGAAUGAGCGCGGCGAUGUCGAGCUCAUCAAGUCUGACUUGCUACUCGACGAUCUCGAUGAUACUGCCUGACGAGACGAACCCUGCACUGACGCUCAUCGUUGGUCGAGUAGAUGACAGAUGGGGAUGUGAGCAUAGAGCCUGCAGUUUCGUCAAAAUCGGGAAAGGGCUCAAGCUGCAGUCCGCGUCCAUUCGAACGAGGGCCGGGGGUAGACGGCAACAGAGUUUGGG